CGAGUGAAAUGUGACGGUGGCUCAUGUUUUGUCUUUUAUAAUUUACUUGUUGAUUUUGCUAAAAAAAUCGGUGAUAAUUAAGUGAACUUCCGUGCCAAAGUGUUGUGAACAAGUAUGUUAUAGCCUGGAAGGUGCACGCAGCCUGUUUUUCCCGUCUCCUCGCUUUACGAAGCGCCUUUCAUCAAGGUAAUUUGGCGACAACUGUAUUUGUUAGAGCCGGCGGCGCGGCGCGGGCGCGAUGGAGGACGAGGUGACGUUCCUGUUCCAGCUGGGCGUGCUGCGCGACGCGGCGGCGGCGCCCGCGCACCUGCUCACGCUCGCCUACCUCAAGGACCUCGCCGUCAAGUUCGUCAACGAAAAGAUCCCUGACAAUGGACUCAACCGGCUCUCGGAGCGCAUCCUGCUGUUCCGGCACGACUACUGCUCGCCCAACGUGCUGCAGCUCAUCAACUCCGCCGCCGACGUCACCGACGAGACGCUCGUCGAGAUCGUGCUCACUGCCAACCCGCUGCUAUGCGACGGCGGGCUGGAGGCGGCGGCGCCGCGGCCGCACGCGCUGGCCGUGCACUCGUACAAGACGCCCACCUUCUGCGACUUCUGCGGCGAGAUGCUGUUCGGGCUGGUCCGACAGGGGCUCAAGUGCGAGGGCUGCGGUCUGAACUACCACAAGCGCUGCGCCGUGAAAGUCCCGUCCAACUGCACGGCAGGCGCGGGCGCGGGCGCAGCGGGCGCGGGCGGGCGGCGCGCGUCGGCGUCACCGCGCUCGCCGUCACGCGCGUCGGCGCACAGCCACGCGUCCCACGACGACUCGCUGCUCAACAGCGCCGACAAGCGCAGCCGCUCGCCGUCGGGCUGCGGCGCGUCGGUGGGCGCGGCGGCGUCGCUGGGCAUCCCGCACACUUUCGAGCUGCACUCGUACACGCGGCCCACGGUGUGCCGCCACUGCAAGCGGCUGCUGCGCGGGCUGUUCAAGCAGGGCCUGCAGUGCCGCGACUGCCACUACAACGCGCACCGCAAGUGCCUGCCCUUCGUGCCCAAGGACUGCAACGGGGAGAUCCGCGACCCGCACGGCGAGUACCAGGACAGCAACAGCACGAGCAGCGAGGUGUCGGACAGCGCGCGCCUGGACGACGAGUCCGACGACGGCGACUGCGCGCCCGGCCGCGCCCACGACGACGACCAGGAGGUGCAGCUGCGACGCAACCACGUGGAGGAAGCAGAUGAGCCGCAGCGCGACGGGCUGCCCGAGCGCUCCGUCAGCCGGCCCAGCAGCUCGUCGUCGUCGCCCAGCGCCAACAUCCCGCUCAUGCGCAUCGUGCAGUCCGUCAAGCACACCAAGAAGCGCGAGGGCCAGUGGCUCAAGGAGGGCUGGCUGGUGCACUUCACCAAUAAGGAUAAGACGAUACGGCGUCACUACUGGCGUCUAGACAGCAAAUCAAUCACACUAUUCCAAUCGGAACAAGGCACAAAGUACUACAAGGAAAUACCUCUCAAUGAAAUCCUGGCCGUAGAUACUGCAAGACAACGACAUUCUGACGUGAUGCACUGCUUCGAGGUGCGCACAGCGAACGUGGACUACAUGGUGGGCGUGGACCCGAGCUGGCAGCUGCCGCCCGCCGCCGCGCCGCCGCUGCCGCCGCCGGACUCCGGCGUGGGCGCCUACCUCGCGCGCUCCUGGGAGACGGCGGUGCGCCAGGCGCUCAUGCCCGUCACCCAUCACUCAGCGGAGGCGAACCCGGACGCGGAGGGCGGCGAGGGCGAGGGGGACGGGGAGGGCGGGGCGGCGGGCGGCGCGCGGCGCACGACGGAGAUGGCGCAGGUGUACCAGAUCUUCCCCGACGAGGUGCUGGGCUCGGGCCAGUUCGGCAUCGUGUACGGCGGCCUGCACCGCCGCACGCAUCGCCCGGUCGCUAUCAAGGUGAUCGACAAGCUCCGCUUCCCGACAAAGCAGGAGGCGCAGCUGAAGAACGAGGUGGCCAUCCUGCAGAACCUGUCGCACCCGGGCGUGGUGGACCUGGAGCGCAUGUUCGAGACGCCCGAGCGCAUCUUCGUGGUCAUGGAGAAGCUGCGCGGCGACAUGCUCGAGAUGAUCCUGUCGCACGAGAAGGGACGCCUCACUGAACGGAGCACCAAGUUCAUUGUGGCGCAGAUAUUAGUGGCCCUCAAACACCUCCACGAGAAGAACAUAGUGCAUUGCGACUUGAAGCCGGAGAAUGUCCUGCUAUCCACAGAUGAUGAGUUUCCACAAGUGAAGCUGUGUGACUUCGGCUUCGCCAGGAUCAUCGGCGAGAAGUCUUUCCGGAGAUCCGUGGUCGGCACACCCGCUUACCUUGCGCCAGAGGUGCUCCGCAACAAGGGCUACAACCGGUCGCUGGACAUGUGGUCGGUGGGCGUCAUCGUGUACGUGUCGCUGUCCGGCACCUUCCCCUUCAACGAGGACGAGGACAUCGGCGAGCAGAUCCAGAACGCCGCCUUCAUGUACCCGCCCACGCCUUGGAAGGAGAUCUCGCCCGAAGCGAUCGACCUGAUCAACAACCUGCUGCAAGUGAAGCAGCGCAAGCGGCUGUCGGUGGACAAGUCGCAGGCGCACGCGUGGCUGCAGACGCGCCAGGCCUGGCUGGACCUGCGCGCGCUCGAGCGCCGCGUGGGCGCGCGCUACCUCACGCACGCCAGCGACGACGCGCGCUGGGCCGAGCGCUGACCAUCGGAGAAGGAGGGCGGGGGCGCGUCGCGGGCGCGGCGCGGGCUGGCGCGCCUGCGCUGGAAGCGGCUGCUGGCGCGCGCGCGGUAGGCCGCGGCCCGCGACCGCGACCGCGCCUGCGCUGUGGCCUGACGGACCCCACACAUACACGCCCCGUGUUGAAGCGAAGAAGCGAACGUUUGGAACUGUUUAUGAAAGUUAGUGUUAUGUCCCUCGGAAUAUCUCUGAGUGCUUGUUCACGUAGGUACGCGCGGGCGCGGGGGCGGGUGCGGGCGCGGGAAACGUUGCGAACUCGUGUUCACAUUAACCACCAGGCGUUCGCGCGAGUGUGACGUACUAUCGUUUCUAGCGACAAGUUCAAACUGGUUGAACUUACCUGACGUCGCGAGUGAACCGCGCGCGCCGCCGCUAGUUUGACAUGAACACACACAAACAUCUUCACGCGUUGAAAUUACCGCGAGCGCUCCGCGCGCACCAGUCGCUAGCUUGCCCGCUAGUUAGACCGCACGUGCGUUUCGUACGUGAACACUUGAAAUCACUACAUAUGUUUGAUAUCUCGUCACCGCGCCCGCGAGUCAACGUGAACAAGCACAUACACGCCCCGUGUUGAAGCGAGGAAGCGAACGUUUGUAACUGUACAUGAAAGUUAGAGUUACGUGCCUCGGAAUAUCUCUGAAGCUGCGAGAGCGUUUUUGAAAGUGCGCGUUAAUACGAGAUAUUUACAGACGUGGGAGGAAAUGCCUAGUGUGUGGGUACCGUCAGCUACAGACCACGAAUGAGUCGCCUUGUUGGACUUUUUAUUAACACAACGUCGUGUGAUACUAUAGUGGAAUAUGCGAUUUAUAAAGGGAAGGGGCUUGUAAAUUUCCAACAUUUUACGGUAAUGUUGCCAGCUUUCAAUUUGCGGCAACAUUUUUAUGGCAAUAAUGACCUUAAUAACCUUAUUUACGCAGUUAUCCUGAUUUUGCAGUAAUUUACAAAAUGACAUCAAUAAAUUAUGAUACAGAUGUCACGAUAGUUGCAACGCAACGUAUUGCUGUAAUAAAUGUUCAUCAUUUACAAGCCCAUUUUCUAAGACAUGGCUGGGACUAGACGCCAACCGCCGCCGGGCCCAAGCCGUCGGCGUUACUGGACUAUACGCAUAUCUUCAAAGCUACGCUUUCAAGGUAUUUCUUCAUGGCAUGACAAUGAAGUUACCGAGACAAGUGAUUUACAAGCUUGUCUCAAAAUCCUUUAAUGUGUGAAGUAAAGGCAAAU